AUGAACAAUCUAGAAUGGACUGAUCACAAGGACUCCGAGUAUGAAUAUGAGUAUCAUCCAAGUGAGACUGAGACCUUCUACGUCGAUCUUGAUCUGAGCACUGCAAACGGAGGCAGAAGAGAGCCUCUGAAGAGAACGAAACUCUCUCAGCAGUCAGAAAACGAAGAUGAUCAGGAAUCAAGACUGAGUACAGGUCCGGUAGAUGCCCAUGCCCAGGCGGACAACGGCGCUGCAAAGGACGAUGAAGACGCCCAGGACGAGCAAGGCGAUGCGGAAGGACCAUCAACCAUCAAACCUCCGGCCAACGACAUUCAAAUCCUAGAUCUCCAUGGCCAGAAUCCUGUGAUUUCCUACCAGAACCAGAUCUAUCGCUGUACCUGGUCCGACAUGAUAGGCACUGCUAUGUUCUUCACCAAAGCUGAGGCAGGUAACGACCAAGAAGCUUUGAUGUCUACAGAUGACUUUUAUCUCAUGAACACUUCGAGAAUCAAGCUUAUUGGUCAGAAAGCAAAAUUGGUGGGAAAGCCUGGCAGGAAGCGUCAAAGACAAGCUGAUGAGGAGUCACUGAACGCUGUUCACGCAGAUUCCGAAAACGAUGAAGAUACUUACGUGCCAGCUGGUAAAAGCCUCGGAGAAAUUCGUACCUCAAAUCCUAAAAUGAACGCAGAUAUCAGGAGACAAGCAGCAUUCCUAGAGAAGCUAAUGGAUGUCAAACGAGCUAAAGGCGAGUUCGAUAAUGUUCGUACUGUUUUUAGCCAGAGGAAAAAUACAAGAAUCAUACAGCCCCGAGAUAUUGAGACAGGAAGAAUUCGCCCAAGAGGAGAAUUUCCAUCGGUUUCCGUGGAGAUUGAGGAACUGAACAGAAGGGUAGUGCGAGGAGACGCCACUGCGCUGAUACGCCUCCAGGAUAUUUAUUCAGGCAUGGAGGGAGAUCCUCAGAAGAUUGCCUCGUCAUCCUCCCACUCCGACGGUUUGCGGCCAAACACCUGA